AUGGUCACUUUCCACUCUGCCAAUGGUGGAGGCUGCAUCAAGUCUGGACCGUUCAAAGACUGGAAGAUCAACCUAGGCCCUAUCCAAACGACAGUCAAAGACGCCCCACCGAACCCGCAAGCCGAUGGUCUCGGCUACAAUCCUCGCUGCCUGAGUCGCGAUAUCAGUACCCAGGCUUCCAACGAGACUAGAGAUGAGAUGGUCGUAGACCUCAUCAAGAACUACCCUGAUAUACUCAGCUUCCAGAACAAGAUGCAGAACUUCACUCAAGGGGUUAUGGGCGUUCACAAUGGGGGACAUUACACGAUUGGUGGUGAUUCUGGAAUGGACAUGUUCAACUCCCCAGCAGACCCAGCCUUCUACUUCCACCACGGCAUGAUCGAUCGCGUUUGGUGGACAUGGCAGAACCUCGACUUGAAAAGCCGGCAGAACAGCAUCGCCGGUACCAUGACCUUUCUGAACAAUCCACCGAGCCGCAAUGCCACUCUUGAUGACGUGCUCAGCGUGGGGUAUGUCGGUUCACCGAACAUCACCAUCAAAGACGCUAUGAGCACGAUUGCAGGGCCGUUCUGCUACGUGUAUGCUUAG